AUGUUACAGUCGUUCCAUCAAGCAGAUUACGCAUCUUGUUUGGGGAGAUUAAAUAAACUACGAAAUAUUCUACGGUUAGAUAUAUUUUUGUCUGAUCAUGUAUCUGCAUUAUGUCGAGAGAUUCGAUCACGUGCACUUUGUCAGUAUUUCAGUCCGUAUUCAUCAGCUGAUUUAAAUUUGAUGGCUAAAGCAUUCGAUACAAAUGUAGCUAAUCUAGAAAAUGAAUUAGCAGUACUUAUCCAAGAUGGAAGUAUUAAAGCUCGUAUUGAUUCACAUAAACAGCUCCUUCGUGUUCUUGACGUGGAUCAGCGAUGUCUAACGUUUGCUCGAGCUGUACGACUUGUUGAUGAGUAUAAAAAUCGUACACAUUCACUGAUACUUCGAAUGGCAUUAGCACGUCAGAAGCUUACUGUUAAGUCGACCAGAGAUGAUAUUGAUCCAAUGUAUCAUUACAUGUCAUAAGAUAAUCAGUCUUUGGAUUAAUAAUAAUAACUGCUUAUAAAAUAAUCAUAGUAGUAUGGUAUUAUGAAGCUAUUCAAAUUUCUGUGAUGGUCAAAACUGUCUGAGAACUUUCAAUUAAUGGAAGAGAACACACAUCAACCUGCUUUUACAACAGAUUUACAAUAUCCUCCAUAUUUGAAAAAGACUGUGGAAAUGCUGUCCUGUUUUUCUCACAUAGAACUGUUAAUUUACGCCUAAACACAAAUGCUUACUGCUUCUACCAUAAGUCAUCCUCUCUUACUUUAGUGACACGUGACUAAUUCAUUUGUACUUAUUUUUCACGUUGAAUAUUUUUUAAAGCUAUCAACUUAC